UUAAGAUCUAGUUUAGAGUCUGCUCACCUCUACUUUCACCAAAGGGCAUCAUACCCAACUGCAGAUAUGAUCCAUACAAAUGAUUCACGUGAAUGGUGCAAGACAUCGGGUUACUAUGCUGAUCCUCACCUGUGGCUAGAAGCUUAUGAUUUCAGACCUGGCCUGACUCCUACAGAUUCCAAUAAUACUAUAGAAUUUCCUCCAGCAGGUUUGCCAGACCUUUUUUCUCUACUUGGGAAGGCAGCUCGGGACAUAUUGGAUGCAAUUAGCUUCUAUUUGAACUUGCGUAGCUCUCCAUUCACUGAGAUACUUGAUAAUGUUCCUCUGAGAAAUAGGGAAGUAUCAUCAUCCGUAUUGUCUGUUUGCUGUCAUGCCAGGCCAUCCUUUCAGGGGGCACAACACCAUAAUUUAACAGCCCAAGAGGAUGGCCAACUAGUCAUGUAUGCUGACCAGGAGCACCAGGUUGACAAAAGCCUGAUAUCUCUCGUGAAAUCAGAUAAGGCAGGCCUGCAUAUUAGAGACCUUCAUGGUCGCUGGGUUCUUGUUGAUGGAGACCUUGGUCCACAAGAAGUUGUGAUAUACCCUGGACUUGCACUAUACCAGGCAACUGCAGGCUAUGUCAAUCCUGCACUUCAUAGAACUGAGGUCACUAACAUGCAGAAUAAUAUGUAUGGACGAUUUUCUUUGUCAUUUAAACUCAUGCCUAAAUCAAUGACAAGUCUCAGCUGCUCAGAGAUGAGAGCAGCAGGUCAUGGGGUUGAAGCUCAAUUCCAGCUUCCAGUACCAGUUGAUGACUUCAUGCAGAGAUCACACCCCACCGAUCAGCUCUUCAACAGGCAAGGUUUCCAAAGUUUCAAUUUCCCUGCCAGCCAAGAUGGAUCUUUGAAGCCCUUGACGAGGAGGAGGAAGAAUAGCUCAAGAUGCAAGCCUCUACCUCCUUCAAAGAGGUUACGGCUCGAGGCCCAGCGAGUUCUCAAGGAAAGGGUUCAGGAUAUUGCAGAUAAGAAGGGGAUCAAACUUAAAUUCUGUAACCUGAAGGAGUGUGAGAGUCACAUUCAUGCGCUAGAUAGCCCAUGUGCCAAUAUAAGAAUGGAGAUUGGGUGGCCACAUGGAGUGCCAUUUGUACAUCCUCAUGAUCUUCCUAAUAAAGCAAAAAUUGGUUUCCUUGAAGCAUAUGAGCCUGGUUGGACAGCAACUCAUGAUAUGGAGUUAAGUCUAACUGAACCUAGACAGGCCAGCCAACACUCGGCCGAAUAUAAUUGCAAAAGCCUUUAAGUAUCUAUCUAUAUGAUCAUGCACCUUAUCUACCUGACAAUACAUGUUAUGUCAAGUCUGGAGUUAUAUUGAUGUUCUGAAUCUCUUCUGGUCAUUAAUGUGCAUCUUGUCGUAUCAGUCUAAAUUGU